AUUGAUGAUGAUGAUGUCACAGGCUUGUUGUCCUCCUCUUCCUCGCUGUAAUUAGUCGGAGCUGCAGCUGAGAGCGGCGCCCCCUGGGAGAUGCCGCCCUGAGCUCAGCCGCUGUGACUCAACGCUGAUCUUCAGAGCAGAACCUUCAGCAGCGGCGCCGACCGGUCCGGCCCGGUUCUGCAGCUUCAUUAGAACCCGUAAACAGAAACUCGGCGCUCCACAGGGAGGAAACCGCCCAGGGAAACAAAGAGCUGCACCGGCGCCGACAGACAGAACCAGAACCAGAACCGGCAGACAGUCUGAGACGAUGGACGGCGGACAAAGCUCCGGUGCGCGGGACAUCCUGAGGGGACGCUGCCAAGGAGCUCAGAGGACCGGCAGCAACAUGAUCCGGAUCUUCAUCAGCUCCAGCUUCACAGACAUGAGCGUUGAGAGGAAGGUUCUGCUAGAGAAAGCGUUUCCGGAGGUCCGGUCGUUCUGCCGCAGUCUGGGUCUGGUCUUUGAGGUGGUGGAUCUGAGCUGGGGGAUCCGGACCUUCCCGUAUGGAGACCAUGAGGUCAGUGAGAUCUUCCUGCAGGAGAUCCAGACGAGUCAGAAGGUUUCUGCUGGACCGGCCUUCGUGGGCCUGCUGGGGAACAAGUACGGUCACCGACCUCUUCCUCGUCUCAUCCCAGAAAAGCAGUUUGAGGUUCUUCUGUCCAAGCUGUCCAAGAACCCAGAAGCUGUUCAGCAGCUGCAAGAGUGGUUUCGGAAGGACAACAACUCUGUGCCACCCACCUACGUUCUCCAGCCAAUCACUGCACGAUUCCCACACUACAAUGACCUCCGACCUGAGGUGGCAAAGCUCCAUGACGAUGACCUUCUGUCCUGGCGCGUCACGGAGAGUCAGCUACUGCAGCUGCUACGUUCUGCGGCCGCUGAGGCUGAGACGGCUGGAGACAUCACGGCCGAGCAGAAGCGGCUCUUCUACUCAUCAGGUGAGACAUGUCCUCCGGCAUGGACAUGUCCCCAAGCUUGUCCUUUUGGUCCAAGAGGACUAACGUUUCCUGCUUCUCAUUCAGUCACAGAACGGGCGCUAGAGGAGGGCGUCUGGAAGGACAACUGCCAAAUGUCCGCCUUGCUCUUCGUCCGGGAGAUUCCUCGGCAAAGGAUGAAGGAAGGAGCCAAACGUCUGGCCAAGUUCAUGGACCUCACUGCGGACGGGCUGCUGGACGCUGAAGCUCAGGAGUUGCUCACCGGCCUGAAGUCACGUCUGUAUGCCACGUCCAAGAAGAUCCUCAACCUACACUGUGUGGAGCUGAACAGAGGAAGCAUCGACCCAAAACGAAAGGAACACGCCGAGUACCUGAACAGCAUCUGCCAGCAGUUCAUCUCCCAGAUGACGACCCGGAUCAGCGAGGCGGUCAAACUGGCGGGAGAGGACAGGAGGAAGGUCUGGGGAAGCACAGAGGAGGAUGAGGAGGAGUUUGACUGGGUGGUCGAAGAGGCGAGGCAGCACACUGUCAUGGCUGCCGAGUUGAGCAAGAGUCUCCAGGGCAGAGAUGGGCUUCUGGGGAAGAUCUGCCUCGCCAUGUGGGAGUCCAGCCCGGUCCACCACGGUCCGCUGGUGGUUCACGGCGCUGCUGGGAUGGGGAAAACCAUUCUGCUGUGCAAACUGGCACAGGAGAUGCAGGGUGUCCUGGAGGCCAAGGCGGUGCUGGUUAUAAGGCUGCUGGCCGCCAAUCAUCCUCAGAGACCAAGCAUCAACCAUGUCCUCCACAGCGUCUGCCUCCAGGUGUGUCUGGCGUGUGGCCUGGCUCCGCAUCCCCUGCUGUCAGUCAGCUCUCACCUGGAGCUGCAGCGGCUCUUCCAGAACCUGCUGGAGGAGGUUUCUCAGCAGGGGAACACUCUGCUCCUCAUCCUGGACUCCCUGGAGCAGCUGGCAGACCAACAUCAGGCUCACCAGUUGCGCUGGCUGCCCACAGACGUGCCUCCAAAUGUCCACCUGCUGGUCUCCAUGGAAACCACUAGCGAGGUGUUCGCCAGCACGCGGCUGAGGCUGGGCGCUGCAGGAAACCUCUUUGAGGUGGAGCGUCUGUCUCGUGAUGAAGGGCAGCAGAUCAUGGAGUCCCAUCUGCAGGCGGUUCAGCGAACUUUGACCCGGGAGCAGAAGGACGUGGUGCUGCAGAGUUUCCACGCCUCCGGCUCUCCUCUCCACCUUCAGCUCAUCCUGUCUGCUGCCAAGCACUGGACAUCCUUCACACCAACAACGCAGUUGCUGCUGGGUUCCAGCUCAGAGGAAGUGAUGUCACAGCUCCUCCUGAAGCUUGAGGAGAAACAUGGGAAGGAGCUGGUGGGCGGGGCCUUGGGAUGCAUCGUGUUGGCAAGGAGGGGCCUGAUGGAGGCGGAACUGCGUGAUGUCAUGUCAUUGGACGAUGAUGUCAUCAGUGAGGUAUACAGGUAUUCCCUGCCUCCGACACCUUCGUUAAUCCGGAUGCCGCCCAUCCUGUGGGCGCGGCUCAAGCAGGACCUGCGGGACCAGCUGGAGGUCCAGUGGACCGACGGAGUCACCAUGCUGGCCUUCAGCAGCCGGCUUCUCUCAGAGGUAGUCAAAGCCCGCUAUCUGACGCCAGAGCGACGGGGGCGGAUCCACAGGAUCCUGGCGGAGUAUUUCCUGGGUCGUUGGUCCGGAAGACUGAAGCCGGUGGCUCUUCCGGGUCUGACGCUGCUGCUGUCCGACCGGAAGGUCCCGCCCCAGCCGCUGUGGUUUGCUCCUGGAUUGGCGAACGUCCGGAAGCUCCAGGAGUUGCCGUAUCACUUGCUGCAUGCCGGUCUGUGGGAGGAGCUACGGCAGGAAGUAGUAGGCAGCGCCGAGUGGCUCUACUGUCAGAGCCGGGUUUGUGGGGUGUCCAGCCUGAUCAGCGACCUGGACCAGUGCUCCCAGUACAUGGACUGCAGUGAAACUGGACUGGUCCGUGAGGCUCUGGCCCUGAUGAAGCCCGGCCUGGACAUCCUGUCAGGCCACAUGGAGCGGUCUGUGUUUUACUCCGAGCUGCUGGCCCGACUCUCCUCCCUGGCCUCCACCUUCCGCACCGUGAUUGGUCGGCUCUGCAGCCAGUGCAACGAUUGGCUCCAAACGUGUCCGGAGCCGGUUCUGAUCCCGAGGAGCACCUUCUUGCAGCAGCCAGGGGGGGCGCUGCAGCACACGCUGACUGCACCCCACGGAGGCGUGCUCUGCUUGGCCGUGGGCGCGGCGCUGGGGCUGCUGGUCACCGGGUCGGCCGGCGGCGUGGUGGCGGUCUGGAGCCUCCGGGACAAACAUCUCCAGCAGGUUCUGCAGGGACCGUCAGUGGCCAUCUUGUCGGUAAAGAUCAUUGAAAGCUCCGCCCACUGCCUCUCAUUGGCUGCAGAUGGCUCCCUGAGGAGGUGGAGCUUAAAGAGCGGCCAGCAGCUGUUCUGCAUCCAGGAGGCGGGGCCUGCUGGCUCCGCCCCUUCCGCGGCUCGCCUGCAGGUGUCGGAGCAGCUGCUGUUUGUCCACACCUGGAUGCAGGUGAAGGUCUGGAAGUCGGACGGAACCGAGAUCCACAGCGAGGACGACUCGUUGGUUUUGGGGGUUCUGGGAGAUGUUGUGGUUUCUCUGCAUGACUUGGACCGGGUCAGAAUCUUUGACCCGGUCACUGGAAGCCAGACAAUGGUGCGGCUGACCCGGAGCCUGACUCCAGUGAUUUCUGUGAGCUCUCCUAAACGUGGGUCAAUAUUUGUGGUGUCGGAAGACGGGAUCCUGCAUCAGAUCUCCAGGACAGGACAGCUAACUGUCGCAGAGUUUCCUCGGCUUCCGUCUCUUUUCUCAGCUUCGGAGGACGAGAAGAUCCUGAUAGCAGGAUGGGAGAGGACUCUGAGCCUGUUCCGCGUCUGCGGCGACUCUGUGGACGGAUUCCUGGAGCUGCAGCACGACGAUGAAGUUUUAUCGGCCUGCGUGUCGCCGGACAGCCGACGCGUCGUCACUGGAGCGGCGGAUCAGCUGAUCCGAAUCUGGUCGGUGACCACCGGCCGCCUGCUGGACGCUCUGAGCGGCUGCAGCGCUCCGGUCACCUCCCUGCUGCUCUACGACCACUUGGUGGUCUCGGCCUCCUCGGCGGCAGAUUCGGUCCAGCUGUGGAGUUUGACCUACGACCCCAGCCACAAGCCCCUCCCCCACAUCCCGGCAGGCUCCGCCCACUCAGCCGUCACCAGAGACGGAGAUCAGGUGUUCUACGUGCGCCACCAGAACCAGAGGGAAGUGCUGAGCUGGAACAACCGCACAGGUUCCGUGUCGGAGCGCCUGCCAGUGUCUGCGGAGGUCAGCUGCCUGGAGCUGGCGCAGCAGAAGCGCCUCCUGCUGUGCGGCCUGCGUAGCGGCACCGUGCUGAUCUACCCGCUGGCGUGGCCCCAGGAGACGCUGUGCAUCCCGCCCCCGGAGGGCCUGGCCCCGGUGCUCUGCCUGGCCCUCAGCUCCCAGGAGAGCCUGCUGGCCGUCGCCCACCGGGACGCGCUGCGCCUGUUCCAGGUCGCCACCAGAGACGGUUUCCCCGCCGUGGAGGGGCCCCUGGCGACGGCCCCGCUCUCGCCAGGGGCCCCUCCAUCCCACAUGGCGCUGCUGCCCGACCGCCGGCUGCUGUACGGGACGGCCGGCGGCGAGGUGAAGCUGCACGACUUCGGCGUCGGCGUCGGCGCCGACCUGCAGCCUCACAGCUCGGGGGUCACCUGUGUCACGGCAAGCAACUGGGGGACGCACGCCCUGGUGGGCUCCCAGGACGCCACGCUGCGGCUGUGGGCCCUGGACCCGGUGGCCCUGGACCACACCAUGGAGUACCAGGGCCUUUUCUUCCAGGGCGUCCUCUGCGCCGCCUUCGCCGACAGCGACCGCUUCGUCUUCACUGGAUCUCAGGACCGAACCGUCAAGGUCUGGGACGUCGCUUCAGGGAAGCUGCUGUGCGUCCAGUUCGUCUACUCGCCGGUCGUCCGCAUGCUGACCUUCAGGAACGGCUUCGUGGGCCUGACCCUGCAAGGCCGAGUCGUCCAGGAGGCCUUCAGAUGUCCGGACCGGGUCGAGCCGGACCACAACCCUCUGAGGAACAUCAAGGCCCGGUACCGGGUCACCUCCAGAGAGAAGGGCGGGGCCGGCCGGCGGACCUGCAGCUCCGACCUGCAGGACUUCAACCCGGCCCAGUUCAGCCUGAACCUAGUGAGCAUGCUCAGUAGCAGGCCGUCCUCCGCCUGCGUCCUGCUGUAGGACACGCUGCUACUGCCAGAUCUGAAGACUUCUGCUCACCAUCAUCAUGUAAAAAAAUCAGCGUUAGUUUUACUGUGAAAGCUUCUGGUUCGAUGCUUUGCUCUUCACUUCAGAAUCUUCUAGUAAAAUCUUCUGAUGUGUAAAACUAAUUUAUUGGAGUGAAGAACGUUCUGCUGUUCUAAAUGUUCUGCUGGUUUAUCUCCGUUCACAUCAUGAAUAUCUGCUGGAGGUCGGCCUUCAGAGAACAGGAAGUAGUUUAAUGCUAGCUUUAAUGCUAACAGCGCUGGUCGCCUGUCGUCUCGUUUUGCUUUAGAUGUUCAACAGAACAGAAAGCAGCAAAGUUUCUGUGCAGCAAUUCGUUUUAGAAAUUCAUUCUAAAAUGAAUUUACAAAAUAAAAGAUUCUGUUUA